UACCAUCCCUCGUACAACGCUGCCUGAGAUGUGAUUCUGUCUUCAGUACAACACGCUGUCUAUGGAGUGAUUCUGCAUACACAACAACGCUCACGGUGGCCUUUUUAUAUUCGAGUCUCGACCAGGCACACCACUGAUUAGUAUAGUGAUAAACGAUGACACACAUUUCGCCCAUCCGAUCCUUAUUUAAGUCAGCCCUUACAAGCAUAGGUCUUUUUGGACUUGUUAUUCCCUGAAUCACCGUAGGGCCAAUAGCGUUACACUUUCAUAGGGAGAUACUGAACAGGCCAUAUCACCAAGUGAUGCAGUGUAAGCAGAUAAAUACACCAGUUAGCUCAGCGCUACCUGAAGUAACAGAAAUUGAUAACAGAGGGGAGGCUGAGACGAAGUCCAAAGUUUGUGUCAGAUAGUCAGUCUGUAGCAGCUGGGGUAGCGUGUGCUGGACAUUCGGACAACUCGGGGAACGAAGAGGUCACGCCAGUGUAAUGUUACUGAAAAUAUAAACAUCUGGAACACCCCAUAUGAAAAUUCAAGAUGGAUGCCAGACCACCCGACCUACACGACGCGUGUCGAGAUGGAAACGAGGCUGAGGUACAACGUAUCCUGUCACUCGACUCUGUAGGCAUUGACCGGAGAGGCCCGAACGCCAAGACACCAGUUCUAAUAGCAGCAGAACGAGGCUUCAAACCGAUAUAUGACCUGCUGGUUAAUCGAGGAUGCAAUAUUUCCAAAACUGAUGACAUCAACAAUAGCAUCCUCCACGCUGCGUGUAAAGGUGGCAAUGUGGACAUCGUUGAAGAUGUCAUUUCACGAGACGCUGCACUGCUAAACAGACGAGGUCAUCACCGAAAAACUCCGGUUAUGUUUGCAGUUGAAAACAGCCACGUAGGGAUUUUUCAUCUGUUACUGGAUAAAUAUUGUGACCUGAAAGCUGGUGACACACUUGGCUACAAUGUACUUCAUUGGGCUUGUCUAGGUGGAAGUGCUAGCAUUGUUCAACACCUUCUGGCUCACGGUAACGUUGACACCAACGGCAGAGGCAGCGAUGGUGUCACACCCAUAAUGGCCGCAGCAAGAAAUGGACAUAAACAGGUUUUCGAUAUGCUUGUCGAACAAGGAAGCGAUUUGUCCUUCGUGGAUGGUCAUUCCAAUAACGUUCUUCACCACGCAUGCCGUGGAGGGUGUUUGGACAUUGUGGAAUUUAUUCUAACACAGGUCGUUGUUGAUAUAAACAGAAGAGGCAGGAAUGGAUUGUCGCCAGUGAUGAUUGCAGCAGAGAAGGGUCACAAAGAAAUUUUCUAUCUUCUUGUCAGUAAAGAAUGUGAUCUGAAGGGAGUCAGCAAGCUUGGCAACAACAUUCUACACUGUGCUGCUUGUGGAGGAUGUGUGGAGGUUGCGGAGUAUCUUCUCUCACAGAAAACCGUCGACCUCAACAGCAAGGGUCAUGGGGGUAUAACACCCGUGCUGAUGGCCGCCUUGAUGAACCAACACGAGAUGUUUCUCCUGUUGGUGAACACGGGUUGUGAUCUGACCACUACGGACGCCAAUAAGGACGACGUGCUUCAUCAGGCUUGUAGAGGUGGAGCAACUAGCAUCGUUGAGUACGUAUUGUCACAAGAUAUCGCCGAUAUAAAUGGGAAGGGAAAGAAUGGGUUGACUCCUGUCAUGAUUGCCGCCGAGAGGGCCCACAAGGAUAUAUUCUAUUUACUGCUAAGUAAAGGCAGCGACCUCUCUGGGAGAAGCGUAUCUGGCGACUAUAUCCUUCACUGUGCCUCCAUAGGGGGUAAUGUUGAGAUCAUUGAGUACCUUCUCUCCCAGGGAAUCGAUGACAUCAAUAGUAGAGGGCAGCUAGGAGCGACGCCUGUUAUGAUGGCGGCUCAGAAGGUGCGGAGAGAAGCUUUUGGGUUGCUUGUGAGUAGGGGAAGUGAUCUGACAGUUGUGGAUGAGAACAACGAUAGUCUGCUCCACCAUGCAUGUUCAGGGGGUAGUGUAGAUAUUGUGGAGUAUGUUCUGUCAGUAAGCAGGAAGGAUAUCAACCGACGUGGCCAACAUGGAUUGACGCCAAUCAUGAUGGCAGCAUACAAGGGCAACUCAUUGGCGUUUCAUCUACUUGCUGAAAUCCACUGCAAUAUGUCAUUGAAGUCUGACAAAAACUUAAACAUAUUCCAUAUAGCCUGUAUAUCAGGCAAUGUUGAAAUUGUGGAAUGUUUGAUCUCAAAAGGAGCUGAUAUGUCUUCGGAAGGAGGAGAACAUGACAGGACACCAAUUUCUAUGGCUGCAAUGAAGGGGCACCGCAUGGUGUUUGAUUUGCUCGUUAGGGAAGGUUGUUGUCUUACAGAUGCGGAUGCAGACAGCAAUAAUAUUCUCCAUCACGCAAGCAUCGGAGGAAACGCAGAGAUUGUUGAAUAUCUUCUAGCAAAUGAAAUACAUGACAUCAACUCUCCAGGACAGUUUUGGAGAACUCCUGCAAUGAUGGCAGCCGAAAACGGCAGGAAAUCUGUGUUUGAAUUGUUUGUGAAGAGGGGGUGUGAUCUGACCCCCGUGGACGAGAGUGAAAACAAUAUCCUCCAUGCAGCAUGCUGUGGGGGGAAUUUAGAUAUUGUGGAGUAUGUCCUUUCCAGGGAGCUUGUAGACAUCAACAGCCAGGGCGCGGGUGGGAACCCGGUUAAAGUAGCCGAGGCAAACGGCCACAAGGACAUCGUGGACUUAUUGAAGCGGAAAGGAUGCAAGACGCAGAGUUGUGUCAUAUCAUAGUAGGAACAUUAACACAGCAGAACAAAACGUUUGAACUUGGGCUGAGACUUGAUCCGUUGCUUGCAGUUAGGAGUGUGCAGUUUGGUUGGAAUUGGGGAUGGAACUGGGGUUGGAACUGAGGAUGGAGCUGAGGUGGGGUUAGGAUUAGAACCAAGACGUAUAUUUAAAUAAGAGCCACUUUUGAAAUUGGAACUGGAGCUUUGAAAUACAAAAAACACACUGGAGUGUGAGGUAGAACUUGAGAUUGGGAAUCGAUUUGUUCAGGUUGGUCUUGGGAUUUGGUGUUGGGUUAGUGUUGGACCUGGGUAUUGGGGUUAGG